CAUUUUCUGUUGGUGACUGAAGUAAUGGGGGCGUUUUGGGUCAUGCUCGUUUCUGUGCUGACUGUCUGGUUUACCAAAGGCUCUGGUUUACCGGUUGGUGUCACAAAUGAAAUGAGUGAUCUGUCUCCUUAUGACCCAUCCAAAGUUCAGGCAUCGGCUUUCUACCUGAAAGUUGUUGAACAUGAGCAGAACGACGGAGAACCCAUUGACGGCAAGGGAAGCAGCAACAUCAUCCGCAACGGCACCGUGGGCGACGUCGGCAGCGCUACCACCAACGGCACCGUGGGCGACGUCGGCAGGGCUACCACCAACGGCACCGUGGGCGACGUCGGCAGGGCUACCACCAACGGCACCGUGGGCGACGUCGGCAGCGCUACCGCCAACGGCACCGUGGGCGACGUCGGCAGCGCAGGCCGCAACGGCACCGUGGGCGACGUCGGCAGCGCAGGCCGCAACGGCACCGUGGGCGACGUCGGCAGCGCUACCGCCAACGGCACCGUGGGCGACGUCGGCAGCGCUACCGCCAACGGCACCGUGGGCGACGUCGGCAGCGCUACCGCCAACGGCACCGUGGGCGACAACGGCAGCGCAGGCCGCAACGGCACCGUGGGCGACGACGGAAGCGCUACCGCCAACGGCACCGUGGGCGACGACGGCAGCGCUACCGCCAACGGCACCGUGGGCGACGACGGCAGCGCUACCGCCAACGGCACCGUGGGCGACGACGGAAGCGCUACCGCCAACGGCACCGUGGGCGACGACGGAAGCGCUACCGCCAACGGCACCGUGGGCGACGACGGCAGCGCAGGCCGCAACGGCACCGUGGGCGACGACGGAAGCGCUACCGCCAACGGCACCGUGGGCGACGACGGCAGCGCUACCGCCAACGGCACCGUGGGCGACGACGGCAGCGCAGGCCGCAACGGCACCGUGGGCGACGACGGCAGCGCUACCACCAACGGCACCGUGGGUGACGACGGCACCAUUGACACUCUAAACAGCACCAUCGGCAACCCCAUCGGCACCUUGGCCGCCGCCAUCGGCACCCUGGACGACGCCAUCGACAACAUCACCUUGGCCGCCGCCAUCGGCACCCUGGACGACGCCAUCGACAACAUCACCUUGGCCGCCGCCAUCGGCACCCUGGACGACGCCAUCGACAACAUCACCUUGGCCGCCGCCAUCGGCACCCUGGACGACGCCAUCGACAACAUCACCUUGGCCGCCGCCAACGGCACCGUGGGCGACGACGGCACCAUUGACACUCUAAACAGCACCAUCGGCAACCCCGUCGGCACCUUGGCCGCCGCCAUCGGCACCCUGGACGACGCCAUCGACAACAUCACCUUGGCCGCCGCCAUCGGCACCCUGGACGACGCCAUCGACAACAUCACCUUGGCCGCCGCCAUCGGCACCCUGGACGACGCCAUCGACAACAUCACCCUGGACGACGCCAUCGGCACUCUCAACAGCACCAUCGGCAACCCCAUUGACAAAAUCACCUUGGCCGCCGCCAUAAACACCCUGGGGGGAACUCUGGGCGACAUCGGCGUUAUAAAUGGCACCCUGGGUGACGACUGUGCUACCAAUGGCACCUGCGGCGACCCCAUUGCCAUCGGCACCCUGGCCAGCGAAUUGGGUCUUGCACCUUAAGAUGUUGACUUCAUGUACCUACUUUUUUUUUAUCCUUGCAAAUAAAUAAAACUUUCCUUAAAUUUUGGUUUUCAUG